CUCUCUCUCUCUCGAUUGAAUCUGAAUCACAAUCUCUCAAUUCAAUUCCAAAUGGAUCGACCCGGAUUCAUAAUCGAACCCUCCGAAUCCCAAUCCACGGGUCUCACCCUGACCCAACUCCUCCCAAGCCUCGUCAACGCCGCAAAAACCCUCGCCCGACCACCCAUCUCCAACUUCCGGGUCGCCGCCGUCGGACUCUCCUCAUCGGGUCGGAUCUUCAUCGGAGUCAACCUCGAAUUCCCUGGCCUCCCCCUCCACCACUCCGUCCACGCCGAGCAGUUCCUCCUCACCAACCUCUCCCUCAACAACGAAACAAAUCUCCACUCCUUCGCCGUCUCCGCCGCCCCCUGUGGCCACUGCCGCCAGUUCCUCCAAGAACUCCGCGGAGCCCCGGAGAUUCAAAUCCUCAUCACCUCAGAACCCGACCCGAAAUUCACACCCUUAUCGCAUUUCCUCCCACACAGAUUCUCCCCCCACGACCUCCUCCCUCCACGCGCCCCGCUCCUGCUGGAGCACCACCACAACGGCUUAACGCUCCUCCGUGAAAAUGGGUUCUGCAACAACGGCCACGCGCUCCGGGAGAAGUCAAAAUCAAAGCUCGCCGCGGCUUUGGAGGCUGCGAACAAAUCCCAUGCACCGUACAGUGAUUCUCCAUCCGGAGUGGCUCUGGUGGAUUCCGGUGGAAAAGUGUACAGAGGAUCCUACGUGGAAUCUGCAGCGUUUAACCCGAGCUUGGGGCCGGUGCAGGCGGCGCUGGUGGCGUUUGUUGCCGGCGGUGGCGGUGAGUAUGAGGAGAUUGUGGAGGCGGUGUUGGUGGAGAAGGAUGGAACUGUGGUGAAACAGGAGCAGACUGCGAAGUUGCUUCUGAAUUCUAUUGCUCCAAAUUGCCAGUUUGAAACAUUUCUUUGCCACUCUCAGCAAUCAAGAAAAGAUUAGAAAUGAAAAAAAUGAAAUAUAAAUUUGUUUUUUUUCUCCAAAAUGUUAUUGCCACUCAAUUACUAUUAGAGAAUAAUGGUUGAGUGAUUGAAUGUGAUGACCAAUGGUCAUGGAUGGUGGAUGAUCAUGAUUGGUAACUUAUAUGUGUUUGUGGUUCAAAUGUGAAAAUGGAACAGUUUUAAUCCUUCACGUU